AUGUUAGCCGGUGUUCAUCUUCACAAGGCCAGCAACAAUCCAGUGCCUCAUCAACAACAGCCCAGUACUGAACAGCUUGAAGGUUGCAGUGUACAAGGAACAAAAAUGAUGUGGGAGAUUGCCUCGCCGGAACAACGGGCCCGAAGUUUUGUUACUGUAUUUGCGACACUUCAAGGCGGUUAUGAGAUGAUGUGCCACUCGUAUCAAGUUCUCGCUGCCAACGUAAAUAUGGAGGUGCCACCGCCGUUUGAAGGCAUGAAUGGCUUCAUGAAUGGAUUUAGUCCUAUUGCAGUUCCAUACGGUGUUCCUCCGCCAAAUGUUGGCAUUUUGUCACCAGCAUCUUCUACCGCUCUUGGUGAAGAGAUGUCGCGCACUUGCCUUCGUCUUGUCCAAUUGGCUUAUCGACAGUCCGCAAUGCGACUGGAAGCGGCUGGGCGUGAGAUGAUGGGCUGUGAUAUGGUAGGAAGUCUACUGGUUGUUGCCACUGAAGUAUCUCCUGCUCUCGGUAAAGCACAUCGUAAAUUGGGUGACUGGGCGUUCAGUUCGGCUGAAACUGCCGACAACGAGAAGGAUAGGCUUUUGUUCUAUAAGAAUUAUCGCGUGCUUCUCGGAGAAAACGUGUCGGAUUCAGCCUUGGAUGGAUUGUGGAAGGCUCUAAACACGGCGAACUCAGUUGCUCAUU